ACGCCACUUCCGGCUCUCACGUGACCCAGUUGGUACUCACGUGACCGCGCGACGGCGCGAUGGCUGCGCAUCCGGUGGUGUUCCUGCUACAGCUCUGGUUUGCCUUGUGUGGGCCCGCUCCGACAGGUGCUGCGAAGAUGAAGGUCGUGGAGGAGCCCAACGCGUUUGGGCUGAACAACCCGUUCCUGCCUCAGACUAGUCGCCUGCAGCCCAAAAGAGAUCCUUCGCCCUUGACAGGGCCAGCACAUCUCUUCAGACUCUCUGGCAAGUGCUUCAGCCUGGUGGAGUCCACGUACAAGUAUGAGUUCUGCCCAUUCCACAAUGUGACCCAGCAUGAGCAGACCUUUCGCUGGAAUGCCUACAGUGGGGUCCUUGGCUUUAUAUGUUGGUGCCUCUCCAGCAUCUGGCAUGAGUGGGAGAUCACCAACAACACCUUCAUGGGCAUGUGGAUGAGGGAUGGCGACUCCUGCCGUGCCCGAAGCCGGCAGAGCAAGGUGGAGCUUACCUGUGGGAAGAACAACCGACUGGCCCACGUGUCUGAGCCAAGCACCUGUGUCUAUGCACUGACAUUCGAGACCCCCCUUGUCUGCCACCCCCACUCUUUGUUAGUGUACCCAACCCUGCCGGAGGCCCUGCAGCAGCGGUGGGACCAAAUGGAGCAGGAGCUAGCCGAUGAGCUCAUCACCCCCCAGGGUUAUGAGAAGCUGCUGAGGGAGCUUUUUGAAGACGCUGGCUAUUUAAAGGCCCCAGGAGAAAAUGAACCUACCCAGCAGGAAGGAGCAACUAGGGGUCUGGGUACUGAGACUUUGGAAAAUUGCAACAAGGCACGUUCAGAGCUGUCAGAGGAGAUACAGAGGCUCACCAGUCUGCUGAACCAGCAUGGCAUCCCAUAUGGGAGGCCCACAGCAGAAACCUCCCACUCUGAGCACUUAGCCCAACAGUCCCCCAUAGAUGUGACUUCAGAGCAGCUUCGAGGGGAUCCAGGACUGCGUGGGACCAUCUUGUGACUGGAGGUAGACAUAAGAGGUGAAGAACAUCUGUCCAGACCCACAUGCAUUUGGUGGCAGGAGGGCAGCAAGCAGCUAAGACACCCUGGGGCUGAGAACACUACUUCUGCUGGACGUGCAGAGCCAGCGGGGGGACUCUGGCCUGACUUUAUUGUACUCAGAGACACAGAGAAAAUAAAGAUUCAAAGUUUUAAUUAAUUCCCAUACUGAUAAAAAUAAUUCCAUGAAUUUUGUAAACCAUUGCAUAAAUGCUAUAGUGUAAAAAAA